AAAAGUUUUAAAGUUUAAACAAAUCAGCUCUCAAAUACGACCGUUGCCCAUACCACAUUUCUUCCCAUUGUCCAGAAUAGGGCAAAGGACAGUCCAACGGUCAAAAAUGUUUCUUUGUAAGAGUUAGGUCUUCCUCUGGAGAAAGAGAGAGAGAGAGAGAGAGAGAGAGAGAGAGAGAGAGGAAUCGUUGUUUGGAGAGAAGGAUAAUGGUAGUCAAAUCGAAGUCAAGCUAUGAGGAGUGCCGGCGACAGAGGCUGGAAGAGAACAAGAAGAGACUGGAGGAGCUGAAUCUGGGGAAGCUCGCUAAAGCUCUCAAGGCCUCGAGCCCUAGGCCCUCUCCGGCGGCGAAGCAGGUGAGGCGACCUAAGCUGCCGGUGGACCUCUCUUCGGUGAGCGUGAGAAGGUCCAGCCGCGUCGCCGCAAAGCCCCCCUCGAAUUACCACGAAGUACCAUUUGAACCUUUGGGGAGGUCCAUAAGGAACUAUCGACCAAGAGACCUGUUGAACCGAUUUUAUGCUUCGAAUGAAGCAAGGCAAGAUGCAAUUGAGAGAGCAGAACAAGUUGAAUCAGGUUUGGGAUCGGAAUUCCCCACUUUUUUGAAGCCCAUGCUCCAUUCACAUGUCACCAGAGGAUUUUGGCUGGGUCUGCCGGUCCAGUUUUGCAAGGCGCACCUUCCCUCCAAGGACGAAAUGAUUACUUUGGUAGAUGAGGAUGGAAAUGAGUCCCCAACAAAAUACCUCGUUAACAAAACUGGUCUUAGUGCUGGUUGGAAAGGGUUUGCUAAUGAUCAUGACCUAGUUGAUGGUGAUGCAGUAGUGUUCCAAUUAAUUCAGCCUACUAAAUUUAAGGUGUACAUCAUUAGGGCAUCUAAGCUAACGGACAAUGAAGACGAUGACAACGAUUCAGAUGUCUCACACUUGGGCAGAAGUGCCAAAAGAAUCAAAGCAAAAAGUAGUCUUUAUUCUUGAUGUCUUGCUGGAAUUUCUUCCUUAUUGUGCUCCAAGGAAGCUAUGGUACAGAAUUAGAAUUUUGAAGCUUAUGUAUUUGAAACUUGUGGAAAUAUUAUUUGUAUCUGAUUUUGUAAUGAAG